GUGAGCUGCGGUGGAAGCUGCGGGGAGAGGCGGUUCUUGGAAGGCGUGGAAACCCACGCAACGUUCCCGAUAACGGGAUAUCGAUCUCAAGUGAUCGGUGCCGAUGAAACGAGCCGGAAGAGAAGAAGAGACUUUUACAGGCCCGAUGGCUCCUCAGUGACCCGCCAUGGCGUUGAUGAUCCCCCCGGUGAAGCUCAAAUGGCUGGAGCACCUGAACAGCUCGUGGAUCGCGGAGGACAGCGAGUCCAUCGCCACGCGGGCCGGCGUCUCGCUGCUGUACGCCAAGCUGCUGGCCAACAAGGAGGCGGUGCUGCUGCCCCAGCAGGCGCUGUGCCUGAAGGGCCCCCAGCUGCCCGACUUUGAGCGCGAGUCCCUGUCCAGCGAGGAGCAGGAGCACUACCUGGACGAGCUGCUCGGCAGCCAGCUGGCGUUGGCCAAGACGGUGUGCUCCGACUCGCCGUUCGCCGCCGCCCUGCGCAAGCGCGUGCUGGUGCUGCAGCGCGUCUUCUACGCGCUCUCCAACAAGUACCACGACAAAGGGAGGGUCAAGCAGCAGCAGCACUCGCCGGAGAGCAGCGCGGGCGGCGCUGCCGACCCGCACGCCGCCGGCGAGCGGCCGCGCUCCAGCACGGACGCCCUCAUCGAGAUGGGCGUCCGCACGGGCCUCAGCCUCCUCUUCGCGCUGCUGCGCCAGAGCUGGACGAUGCCGCCGCCGCCCGGCCCCGGAGGCGUCGCCGGGGGCAACAUGAACCUGUGCAACGACGUCAUCCGCACGGCCAUCGACGUGGUCGGCUCGCUGCCGCCGCUCUCGCUCGCCAACGAGAGCAAGAUCCCGCCCAUGGGCCUGGACUGCCUGGCCCAGGUCACGGCCUUCCUGAAGGGGGUCACCAUGCCCGGCUCCGGGGCGGACGUCUCGGGGCGGCGGCUGGCGUCGGAGCUGCUGCUGGGCCUGGCCUCCCAGAGGGGGUCGCUGCGCUACCUGCUGGAGUGGAUCGAGAUGGCGCUGUUGGCGGCGGCGGCCGUGGUCAGCGCCAUGGAGGAGAACAAGCUGCAGAGCCAGGAGGGGCUCAUCGGAUACGAGUGCUUCAUGAACAUCCUCAUGCAGAUGAGGCGCUCGUUGGGCUCGUCAGCGGACCGCAGCCAGUGGAGAGAACCCGCCCGGACCCCCGAUGGGCUGUGCUCGCUGUACGAGGCGGCGCUCUGUCUUCUGGAGGAAGUGUGUCGAAUGGCGUCCGACUACUCUCGCACCUGCGUCAGCCCCGACAGCAUCCAGGCCGGCGACGCCCCUGUGGCGUCGGAGACCUGCGAGGUGUACGUGUGGGGCAGCAACAGCAGCCACCAGCUGGUGGAGGGCACGCAGGAGAAGAUCCUGCAGCCCAAGCUGGCCGCCGGCUUCGCCGACGCCCAGACGAUCGAGGCGGGUCAGUACUGCACCUUCGUGAUCUCGUGUGACGGCUCGGUUCGGGCCUGUGGGAAGGGCAGCUAUGGCCGCCUGGGCCUGGGCGACUCCAACAACCAGGCCACGCUGAAGAAGCUGACCUUUGAACCCCACCGCGCCGUGAAGAAGGUGUCGUCGUCCAAGGGCUCCGACGGCCACACGUUGGCCUUCACCACGGAGGGGGAGGAGUUCAGCUGGGGCGACGGCGACUACGGCAAGCUGGGCCACGGCAACAGCUCCACGCAGAAGUACCCCAAACUGAUCCAGGGCCCGCUGCAGGGGAAGGUGGUGGUGUGUGUGUCUGCCGGCUACAGACACAGCGCCGCGGUCAGCGAGGACGGAGAGCUGUACACGUGGGGCGAAGGAGAUUUCGGUCGAUUAGGUCACGGCGACAGCAACAGCCGGAACAUUCCCACGCCGGUGAAGGACGUCAGCAACGUGGGCGAGGUGUCGUGCGGCAGCUCACACACCAUCGCGCUGUCGAAGGACGGCCGCACCGUGUGGUCCUUCGGGGGCGGGGACAACGGUAAACUCGGCCACGGUGACACCAACAGAGUCUACAAGCCCAAGGUGGUGGAGGCGCUGCAGGGCCUGUUCAUCAGGAAGGUGUGUGCAGGCAGCCAGUCGUCCCUCGCCCUCACCUCCACCGGACAGGUGUAUGCGUGGGGCUGCGGCGCCUGUCUGGGCUGCGGUUCCUCGGAGGCCACGGCGCUGCGGCCCAAACUCAUCGAGGAGCUGGCCACCAUGAGGGUGGUGGACGUCUCCAUCGGGGACAGCCACUGCCUGGCCCUGUCCCACGACAAUGAAGUGUACGCCUGGGGCAACAACUCCAUGGGCCAGUGCGGCCAGGGCAACUCCACGGGGCCCAUCACCAAGCCCAAGAAGGUGGUCGGCCUGGACGGGGUCGCCAUCCAGCAGAUCUCAGCCGGCACCUCCCACAGCCUGGCGUGGACCGCACUGCCCAGAGACAGGCAGGUGGUGGCGUGGCACCGGCCCUACUGCGUGGACCUGGAGGAGAGCACCUUCUCCCACCUGCGCUCCUUCCUCGAGCGCUACUGCGACGGCAUCAACAGUGAAGUCCCUCCUCUUCCCUUCCCGUCAUCCAGGGAGCACCAUAACUUCCUCAAGCUGUGCCUUCGGCUCUUGUCCAAUCACCUGGCUCUGGCUCUGGCGGGGGGCGUGGCCACCAGCAUCUUGGGUCGGCAGGCCGGCCCCCUGAGGAACCUGCUCUUCAGGCUCAUGGACUCCUCGGUGCCGGAUGAGAUCCAGGAGGCGGUGAUCGAGACCCUCUCAGUCGGGGCCACCAUGCUGCUGCCUCCCCUGAGAGAGAGGAUGGAGCUGCUCCACUCGUUGCUGCCUCAGGGCCCCGACCGAUGGGAGAGUCUCUCCAAAGGACAGAGGAUGCAGCUGGACAUCAUCCUCACCAGCCUGCAGGACCACACCCACGUGGCGUCCCUCCUGGGCUACAGCUCCCCGGCCGACGGGCCCGAGGUGCUCGGCUCCGGGCCCGUCGGCUUCGCGGCCGCCCCGGAGCCCGGAGCGUACGGCGCCGCGGCCGGCGGCCCCCCCGACACCCACCUGGCCGAGAUCCUCAUGAAGACGCUGCUCAGGAACCUGGGCUUCUACACCGACCAGGCCUUCGGCGAGCUGGAGAAGAACAGCGACAAGCUGCAGCAGGGCCCCUCGCCCUCCGACAGCAGCCAGCCGGCUCACCUCCACCAGCUGCUGUGCUCCCUGCAGAAGCAGCUGCUGGCGUACUGCCACAUCAACUCCGCCACCGAGAGCUCCAGCAGCGUGGCGCUGCUCCACAAACAUCUGCAGCUGCUGCUGCCGCACGCCGCCGACAUCUUCGGCCGCUCGGCCGCUCUCAUCCAAGAGAGCUCCUCCCUCAACGGCAGCAUCCGGGAGAAGCUGCAAGGUGUGCUCUACGUGUCCGCGGCCGGCAGCAUGCUGUGCCAGAUCACCAACUCCCUGCUGCUGCUGCCGGUGUCGGUGGCGAGGCCCCUGCUGAGCCCCCUGCUGGACCUGCUGCCCCCUCUGGACCGCCUCAACCGGCUGCUGCCCGCCGCCGGCCCCCUGGAGGACCAGGAGCUGCAGUGGCCCCUGCACGGUGCGUCGGACUUCGCCGAGCCGGCCUCGGGGGCGGCCCUGCCCCCGCCAGCGCUCUCCUGGGUGUGGCUGGUGGACCUGGAGAGGACGGCCGCCCUGCUGGUGGGCCGCUGCCUCGGUGGGAUGCUGCAGGGGGCGCCAACCUCGCCGGAGGAGCAGGACACCGGCUACUGGCUCAAGACGCCUCUCUUCAGCAACGGCUUGGAGACGGACGUCCCGCAGCUCGACUGCAGCAUCAGCUCCUUACUGGAGGCGGCGCUGUCCGGGAACGAGGAGCAGAAGCCCUUGGACUCCACGCUGCGGCCCGACCUGAGCGUCCUGGUGGACUUGGCGCUGUGUUCCUCUAAAGAACCUGCCAACAGCCUCUGGAUCAACAUGCAGGACUACGGCAUGAGCAAAGACUGGGACAACGCGUCCCUCAGCAACGAGUCGCUGCUGGACACCGUGUCCAGGUUUGUGUUGGCGGCCUUGCUGAAGCACACGGGCCUGCUGCACCAGGCCAGUGGGGAGGGAAGGUACCAACCCUCGAAGACCCUGGCGGAUGUCUACCGCAGUGUCUAUAAGGUCCGGAACCGCCUGCUGGCCUGUAAGAACAUGGACUUCAUCCAGACCAGGUCCUCUUCCCGGGAGAGGAGGAUUUCGGACAACCAGGACUCCCUGGACCCCCAGGAGAACUCGUUCACGCGCACCAUCGACGAGGAGGCGGAGCUCGAGGAGCGGGCCGACCGCGAGCGAGAGGAGGGCCAUCAGGAGCAGGACGAUGAGGAGGAGGAGCGGGAACACGAAGUCAUGACGGCUGGAAAAAUCUUUCAAUGUUUCCUCUCAGCGCGGGAAGUGGCUCGCAGCCGGGACCGAGAGCGGACCGGCAGCAGCACGGGACCCGGGUCCGGCUCCAGGAGCGGAGGAGGUGGAGGAGGAGGAGGAGGUGGAGGAGAGGAGGACACCAUCCUGUCUCAGGAGGGGAGGCGGGGCAGCACCGGCCUCCCAGAGGGGCAGGACCUGUACACCACCGCCUGCAACGCCGUGAUCCACCGCUGUGCCCUGCUGCUGCUGGGGGUCAGCCCCGUGCUGGGGGAGCAGGAGCAGGAGCAGGACCAGGACCAGACCCAGACCACCACGGGGGGGACCCAGGAGGGGCUGAGCUUCAUGACCAGGAGUGAGAGUCUGAGUGCUGAGCGCUCGGUGCAGAACGACCCGAGUUACAGGCUCCUGAAGUCCAGGAGCGAGUCGGACCUCUCCCAGCCCGAGUCUGAUGAGGAGGGCUACACUCUGAGCGGGAGGAGGAACGUUGACCCGGACUUGACCUUCUCUCACAAAAAGAGAGGUCUACUCCUCAGCUCCCCGGACUCCCUGGCCGAGUCCUGGUUCCGGGCCAAGCUGAGCCGCCAGCGCAGCUACGGCUCCGCCCUCUUCUACGAGGAGGCGGAGCUAGACCUCAGCCGCUCGCUGGGCGUCCACGCCCUCAUCGACAACACAGUCAGCUUCGUGAGCGGCGACGUGGGCCUCGCGCCGGCCUUCAGGGAGCCCGAGGAGAGCAUGUCCACCGGGCCCCAGGCCACGGUGCUGGCCAUGGAGCAGCAGCAGAGCAGGGCGGAGCUGCGGUUGGAGGCGCUCCACCAGAUCGUGGUUCUGAUCUCCGGCAUGGAGGAGAAGGGCCCGCCCGGCGCCGCCGACCGCUUCCCGUCCUCCUCGCUGCUCACCUCGGUGCGGCUGCAGUUCCUGGCCGGCUGCUUCGGCCUCGGCACCGUGGGCGCCGCGGGGCUGAAGAGGGAGAGCGUGCAGCUGCACCACUACCAGGAUGGCGUGAAGGCCGCCAGGAGGAGCCUGCAGCUCCUCAUCCAGACGGCCGUCCACAAGAUCUACCGGCAGCUGGCCGGCACCCUGGAGAGAGCGCUGACCGCCAACCGGCACCACGUCGAAGCCCAGCAGCGCCUCCUGCUGGUGACGGUGUUCGCGCUGAGCGUGCGCUACCAGCCGGUGGACGUGUCCCUGGCCGUGUCCAGCGGGCUGCUGGCCGUGCUGUCCCGGCUGUGCGGCGCCGAGACGAUGCUGGGCCGGCCGCUGCAGCUGCAGCCCGGCGCGGCGCCGCUCAGCGCCGCCCUGAAGGUGGCCGCCACGCGCCUGCUGCAGAUCCUCGCCAUCAGCACCGGGACGUACGCUGACAAGCUGAGUCCCAAGGUGGUCCAGUCCCUGCUGGACCUGCUCUGCAGUCAGCUGAAGAACCUGCUGGCUCAGGCCGGGGUCAGCCUGCUGGCCGCCGGGCCGGAGGACGGCAAGCAGGAGGACGAGCACGAGAAGAAGGACUUCAGAGCGUUGAUCCGUAAGCAGCACACAGCUGAGCUUCAUCUCGGGGACUUCCUCGUCUUCCUCCGGAGAGUUGUGUCCUCCAAGGCCAUCCAGUCCAAGAUGGCCUCCCCGAAGUGGACCGAAGUGCUGCUCAACAUCGCCGCGCAGAAAUGCUGCUCAGGGGUUCCUCUGGUAGGGAACCUGAGAACUCGGCUCCUGGCUCUUCAUGUGCUGGAGGCCGUCCUGCCCGCCUGUGAGGAGAACAUGGAGGACGACCAGAUGACACAGGUGGUGGAGCGGCUCUUUGCCCUUUUGUCUGACUGCAUGUGGGAGGCUCCCGUCGCUCAGGCCAAGCACUCGGUCCAGAUCAAAGAACGCGUUCAGGAGCUCAAGCUGCAGGGCGAGGCGGAGGAGGAGGACGAGAACCUCCCCAUCCAGGAGGUGUCCUUCGACCCGGAGAAGGCUCAGUGCUGCGUGGUGGAGAACGGGCAGGGCCUGACACACGGCAGCGGGGGCAAAGGCUACGGCCUGGCCUCCACCGGCAUCUCCUCCGGCUGCUACCAGUGGAAGUUUUACAUCGUGAAGGAGAACCGGGGCAACGAGGGCACGUGCGUGGGCGUGUCGCGGUGGCCCGUGCACGACUUCAACCACCGCACCACGUCGGACAUGUGGCUGUACCGGGCGUACAGCGGCAACCUCUACCACAACGGGGAGCAGACGCUGACGCUCAGCAGCUUCACGCAGGGAGACUUCAUCACCUGCGUGCUGGACAUGGAGGCCAGGACCAUCUCCUUCGGCAAGAACGGAGAGGAGCCCAAGUUGGCCUUCGAGGACGUUGACGCCACGGAGCUCUACCCGUGUGUGAUGUUCUACAGCAGUAACCCAGGAGAGAAGGUGAAGAUCUGCGACAUGCAGAUGAGGGGCACGCCGCGAGACCUCCUGCCCGGCGACCCGGUCUGCAGCCCCGUGGCCACGGUGCUGGCCGAGGCCACCACGCAGCUGAUCCGCGUGCUGCACCGCACCGACCACUGGACGCAGCGCAUCAACGCCACCAUGACGGAGCGGCUGCACAAGAUCAAGCCGUGCUUCAGAGAGGACGGCGGCGGCCAGAGGCUGAAGAAGAGCCGCUCGGUGCAGAGCCGCGAGGAGCACGACGCCCAGCGGGAGAGCCAGGAGACGGCGGCGAGGCCGGAGGAGGAGCGCGGGCGCCACGGCCGGCAGCACGGCCUGGCGGAGCUGCCGGAGCACCACCUGAGGACGCUGUGCGCCGAGGUGUGGCCGGUGCUGUCGGUGAUCGGGGGGGCAGACGCCGGGCUGCGCGUCGGCGGCCGCUGCGUGCACAAGCAGACCGGGAGGCACGCCACGCUGCUGGGCGUGGUGAAGGAGGGCAGCACCUCGGCCAAGGUGCAGUGGGACGAGGCGGAGAUCACCAUCAGCUUCCCAACUUUCUGGUCGCCUAGUGAUACUCCGCUUUACAACCUGGAGCCGUGCGAGCCGCUGCCCUUCGACGUGGCGCGCUUCCGCGGCCUCACCGCCUCGCUGCUGCUGGACCUCACCUACCUCACCAGCAUCCACGAGGACGCCGCCGGCAAGCUGGGCGCGCGGCGCCACGACAAGAAGCACCGAGCGGCCCCGACCGGCCCGGAGCCGGGCGAGGACAAGGCGGAGAGCGAGGGGGGGCCCGACCGCCACGAGCAGAAGGACGCUCCCGCCGCCGCCGUCUCCGACCUGCGCGUGUCCCACAGCCUGGACGAGGUGAAGGCGCACGCGGCGCCCAACUCCAAGUCGGAGGGCGAGCUCUCCGGGAACGAGACCCUCUUCGCCGCCGCGGCGCCCCACGUCGAGCCGAGCAGGAAGAGAGGCCACGAGCACGGCGCCCGCGGUCACGAGGCCUCGCCGUCUUCCGGCGCCACGCAGUCGGAGAUCCACGCCGUGCAGAUGUCCUACCUCUACCUGGGCGCCAUGAAGUCCCUCAGCGCCCUGCUGAGCUGCAGCAAGUACGCCGAGCUGCUGCUCAUCCCAAAGGUGAUACCAGAGGCGGCGCCCAGCGGCCACAACGCUGAUCUGAACGCGGCCGCCACCUCGCCGGUGUGCCAGGAGGAGGUGGAGAUGCGGGCGGCGCUGCAGUUCCUCAUGCGCCACAUGGUGAAGCGAGCGGUGAUGCGCUCCCCCAUCAAGCGCGCGCUGGGCCUGGCCGACCUGGAGAGGGCGCAGGCCAUGAUCUACAAGCUGGUGGUCAACGGGCUGCUGGAGGAGCCCAGCGGGGGGAAGGCCAAGCCGGAAGGGGUGAGGAGUGAACCAGAAGGGGAGGCCGACGUCCCGGAGGCCGAGACGUCGGCUCAGACGCCCAUCACCACCAGCCCCUCUGCCUCCAGCACCACCUCCUUCAUGAGCUCCUCCCUGGAGGACACCACCACGGCCACCACGCCUGUCACCGACACGGAGACCGCCCCGGCCUCCGAGUCCCCGGGGGUCAUGCCCCUCAGCCUGCUCAGGCAAAUGUUCUCCAGCUACCCGACGACCAGCCUGGUGCCGACCCGCCGGGCUCAGACCCCCCCGGUGAUGUCGCUGCCGACCUCGCCCUCCGAGGAGGUCGGCCGCCGGCAGAGUCUCACCUCCCCCGACUCCCAACCCUCCAGACCUCAACACAGAACCGGCACCUCUCAGUCGGACCCCAGCAGCAGGCUGUCCACGUCUCCCCCUCCCCCGGCCAUCGCCGUCCCCCUGUUGGAGAUGGGCUUCUCUCUGGGUCAGAUCACCAAAGCUCUGGACGCCACUGGCGCUCGAGGGGAAGCCGACGCCCAGAACAUCACGGUGCUCGCCAUGUGGAUGAUCGAGCAUCCGUGCGCCGAGGACGAGCACGAAGAGCCUCACGGAGAGGACGGCGGCGGCAGCGGCGUGGGGGGGCGGGGCUCCGACUGCCCGGGAGCCACGGCCUCUUCUGGAGGGAAGUCCCUGGACCGGAGCCCGUACCUGUGCUCCUCCCCCGGGGACAUCGCCGACGCCUCGGAGAUGGAGGAGGGCUUCAGCGAGAGUCCUGAAGGUCUGGACCAGGACCACCCGGCGGCCUCCAGUGGGCUCAGAGGACGAUCCUCAGUGGGCAGGAAACACAGAUUUGACCUCGCUGCCCGAACACUGCUGGCCAGAGCUGCCGGUCUGUACCGGUCGGUGCAGGCCCACCACAGCCAGUCCCGCCGUGAGGUGUCCCUGCAGCAGGACCCGGGUGCCCUGUACGACUUCAACCUGGACGAGGAGCUGGAGAUGGACCUGGACGAGGAGGCCAUGGAGGCCAUGUUCGGCCAGGACCUGGCGUCCGACAGCGACAUCCUGGGAAUGUGGAUCCCGGAGGUACUGGACUGGCCAACAUGGCACGUGUGUGAGGCCGACGACCGUGACGAGGUGGUGGUGUGUGAGCUGUGCGAUGCCAGCGUGGUGAACUUCAACCAGCACAUGAAGAAGAGUCACGCCGGCUGCGGCCGCAGCGCCAACCGCCAGGGUUACCGUAGCAACGGGUCCUACGUGGACGGCUGGUUCGGCGGCGAGUGCGGCAGCGGCAACCCGUACUACCUGCUGUGCGGCGGCUGCAGGGACAAGUACCUGGCCGUGAAGAGCAAGGCCGCCGCGCCCGUCCUGGAGAGGUAUAAAGGUCAAGCUCCCGACCUCCUGGGGAAGCAGGACAGCGUCUACGAAGAGGACUGGGACAUGCUGGACGUGGACGAAGACGGGAAGCUGACGGGCGAGGAAGAGUUCGAGCUCCUGGCCGGGCCGCUGGGCCUCGGCGAGCGCCGGCUCAUCCCCGAGGCCGUGCAGUUCCACGACAGCGACCCGCUGGGGGCCUCCGUCGCCAUGGUGACGGCCAGCAACAGCAUGGAGGAGACCCUGCUGCAGAUCGGCUGCCAGACCUCGGUGGAUAAGUGCCCGUCGGGCCGGGUGACCCUCGGCGAGCAGGCGGCCGCCCUCCAGAACCCUCACGACCGCGUGAUGGCGCUCCGGAGGGUGACGGCCGCCGCCCAGGUGCUGCUGGCCCGGACCAUGGUGAUGAGAGCCCUGUCCCUGCUGUCCGUCAGCGGCUCCAGCUGCAGCCUGGCCGCCGGCCUGGAGUCUCUGGGUCUGACCGACAUCCGGACUCUGGUCCGGCUGAUGUGUCUGGCGGCCGCCGGCCGGGCCGGGCUCUCCGCCGACCCGGUGUCGGGCUCGGGUCACGGCGAGCGGCCCCGCGGCGCCGCCAAGGCCGGCAAGCCCGCCUCCUGUCUGGCAUACCUCAGCACCGCCGUGGGCUGCCUGGCCUCCAACAGCCACCACGCCGCCAAGCUGCUGGUGCAGCUCUGCACUCAGAACCUGAUCUCCGCGGCCACCGGCAUGAACCUGACCACGGUGGACGACCCCAUCCAGAGGAAGUUCCUGCCCAGCUUCCUGCGUGGCGUCGCCGAGGAGAACAAGCUGGUGACCUCGCCCAACUUCGUGGUCACGCAGGCGCUGGUGGCCCUGCUGGCUGACAAGGGGGCGCGGCUCCGCCCGGCCUACGACAAGGCGGACGUGGAGAAGAGAGGUCUAAUUGCCCACUUGUAUGCCCACCCCUCCCAUAACCCCCCCGCUGUAGGGCCCCUGGAGCUGGCCAAUGCUCUGGCGGCCUGCUGCCUGUCCUCUAGGCUGUCCUCGCAGCACCGCCAGUGGGCCGCGCAGCAGCUGGUCCGCACGCUGGCGGCGCACGACCGCGACAACAACCACGGCCGGCCGCAGACCUUCGCCGACAUGGCGGGGGACCUGAGGAAGUGCUCCUUCAUCAAGCUGGAGGCUCACCAGAGCAGAGUCAUCACCUGUGGGUGGAGCAGCAGGAAAGGCCUGCUGGCCACCAGCGGCAACGACGGGACGGUGAGGAUGUGGAACGUCACCAAGAACCAGUACACGCUGCAGCAGACCUGCAUCUUCAACAAGGAUGACGGCUCCUCAGAAGACGGCGUGUCGGGCCUCGGUUCCCCCAGCGACCCCUGCAUGUCUCCUCUGGCAUGGAGCGUCACGGGGAAGUACCUGGCCUCCGCCAUGGAGAAGCUGGUGAACAUCUGGCAGGUCAACGGCGGUAGAGGCCUCCUGGCCGUGCAGCCCCACUGGGUGUCGGCCCUGGCGUGGCCCCAGGAGGAGGCGGAGUCUCUGUGGCUGGGCGAGCCCCGAGACCUGCUGCUGGUGGGCCGGAUGGACGGCUCUCUGGGCCUGGUGGAGGUUCUGGACGCCUGCAGCAUGCGGCGCACCGAGCUGGAGCACUGCUACCGGAAGGACGUGGCCGUGAUGCACGUGGCCUGGUACAGCGAGAGCCGGCCGUUCGCCGUCGGCUACGCGGACGGGAAGCUGCUCAUCGGGUCCACGGAGCCGCUGGAGAACGGAGCCAUCGUGGUCAUCGACGCCCACAAGGAGUCCGUCUCCAGCAUGAAGUGGAGCCCCAACGGUCAGAUCCUGCUGACCUGCGCCAAGGAGGAGACGGUGAAGCUGUGGGCCGGGCCGGACUCCCACGGCUCCGGCUGGCGCUGCCUGCAGAGCCUCCGUCACCCGUCGCCGGUGAACGGCGUGGCGUGGUGCGGCCUGCCGGGACGCGGCCCGAGGCCCCUCGGCAUGUUGGCCACAUGCUGCCAGAACGGCCACGUCUCCGUCUGGACCGCUCCUCAGAACAUCUCCGGCUUCCCGGACUCCUCCGAGGGAUGCUGGGAGAACGAAGCCCGGCACAAGUUCAGGUACCCCCGGUGGUCGGGCAGAGGGGCGACCUGUGUGCUCCAGCUGAAGGGCCACAUCACCCCGGUGAGGACGCUGGCCUUCAGCCCCGACGGCCUGGCCCUGGCCUCUGGAGGGGUGGGGGGGCUCAUGAACAUCUGGUCCCUGAGGGACGGCUCCGUGCUCCAGUCAGUGGUAGCCGGUUCUGGUGCGAUCCAGAACAUUGUCUGGAUCCCAGAUGUGGGCGUCGCCGUCUGCUCCAACAGGUCCAAGGACGUGCUGGUCGUGAACUGCUCCAAGGAGUUCAUGGCGUCCAACCACGUGCUGGCCACGUGCCGCACGGCCCUGAAGAAGCAGGGCGUCGUCGGCCUCAACAUGGCGCCCUGCAUGAGGGCGUUCCUGGAGAGGCUGCCCCUCAUGCUGCAGGAGCAGUACGCCUACGAGAAGCCCCACGUGGUGUGUGGCGAGCAGCUGGUCCACAGCCCCUACAUGCAGUGCCUGGCCUCGCUGGCCGUGGGGCUCCACCUGGACCAGCUCCUGUGCCGUGCCCCCGCGCCACCCAACCUCCGCCACUGCCCGCCAGAGUCCGGCGCGGCCGUGUGGAGCGCCGGCGAGUGGGCGUGGCUGGACUGCUUCUCUACCACGGUGAAGGCGGCGGAGGCCCUCGCUCGAGGCACCACCUUCUCCGAGUCGUUCUGCGUUCCCGACCUGGAGCCCGUCCCCAAAGACGAGAUGGCUCUGCUCAUGGACAACAGUAAAUGGUCUCCUGGGAUGGAUGAACAGAUCAUGUCCUGGGCCACUUCCAGACCAGAGGACUGGCACCUGGGGGGGAAGUGUGACGUGUACCUGUGGGGCGCCGGGAGACACGGCCAGCUGGCCGAGGCCGGCAGGAACAUCCUGGUGCCGACCACCGCCCCGUCCUUCUCCCAGGCUCAACAGGUGGUGUGUGGUCAGAACUGCACCUUCGUGAUCCAGCCCAACGGGACGGUGCUGGCGUGCGGCGAGGGAAGCUACGGACGCCUGGGGCAAGGAAACUCUGACGACCUCCACCUGCUGACGGUGGUGUCUGCUCUCCAAGGCUUCGUGGUGACCCAGCUGGUGACGUCGUGCGGGAGCGACGGUCACUCCAUGGCGCUGACGGAGAGCGGCGAGGUGUUCAGCUGGGGCGACGGGGACUACGGCAAGCUGGGCCACGGCAACAGCGACCGGCAGCGCCGCCCGCGGCAGAUAGAGGCGCUGCAGGGGGAGGAGGUCGUGCAGAUGUCCUGCGGGUUCAAACACUCGGCCGUGGUCACGGCGGACGGGAAGCUCUUCACGUUUGGAAACGGUGACUACGGCCGACUGGGUCUGGGGAACACGUCCAACAAGAAGCUCCCCGAGAAGGUCACGGCGCUGGAGGGGUACCACGUGGGCCAGGUGGCAUGCGGGCUCAACCACACGUUGGUGGUCUCUGCUGACGGGAUGAUGGUUUGGGCUUUCGGUGACGGAGACUACGGAAAACUGGGACUCGGCAACUCCACGGCCAAGUCGUCCCCUCAGAAGGUGGACGUGCUGUGUGGAACCGGCAUCAGCAAGGUGGCGUGUGGAACCCAGUUCUCCGUGGCGCUGACCAGAGACGGCAAAGUGUUCACGUUCGGCCAAGACCGCCUGAUUGGCCUGCCAGAAGGCCGGGCCAAGAACCACAACCGGCCCCAGCAGGUCCCGGCCCUGUCGGGGGUCCAGGUCCAGGACGUGGCCGUGGGGGCGGAGCACACCGUGGUGCUGUCCUCCACGGGGGACGUCUACACCUGGGGCAGCAACUCGGAGGGACAGCUGGGUCUGGGCCACACCAACCACGUCCGGGAGCCGGCGGCGGCCGCGGCGCUGCAGGGGAAGAACGUCCAGCAGAUCUCAGCCGGACGCUGCCACAGCGCCGCCUGGUCGGCAGCAUCGGUACCACCACGGGCUCCAGGCUCCUCGGUCCCCCUCCAGCUGGGCCUCCCCGUGGCGGUUCCUCCUCAGUACAGCUGUCUGAGGGAGGUCAGCAUGGAGGCGGUGAGGGCUCGCCUGCGCCUCCUCUACCACUUCUCCGACCUCAUGUACUCCUCGUGGCGCCUCCUCAACCUCAGCCCCAACAACCAGAGCUGCACGUCUCACUACAGCGCCGGCACCUGGGGGCUGGUCCAGGGUCAGCUGCGGCCGCUGCUGGCCCCGCGCGUCUACACGCUGCCCAUGGUGCGCUCCAUCGGCAAGACCAUGGUGCAGGGCAAGAACUACGGGCCGCAGAUCACCGUGAAGAGGAUCUCCACCAGGGGGCGCAAGUGCAAGCCCAUCUUCGUGCAGAUCGCCCGGCAGGUGGUGAAGCUGAACGCCUCCGACCUCCGCCUGCCGUCCCGGGCCUGGAAGGUGAAGCUGGUGGGCGAGGGCGCCGACGACGCCGGGGGCGUGUUCGACGACACCAUCACGGAGAUGUGCCAGGAGCUGGAGACGGGCGUGGUGGAGCUGCUCAUCCCCUCCCCCAACGCCACGGCCGAGGUGGGCUACAACCGGGACAGGUUCCUCUUCAACCCGUCCUCCUGCCUGGACGAGCACAUGCUCCAGUUCCGGUUCCUGGGCAUCCUGAUGGGCGUGGCCAUCCGCACCAAGAAGCCUCUGGACCUGCACCUGGCGCCGCUGGUGUGGAAGCAGCUGUGCUGCAUCCCGCUGGUUCUGGAGGACCUGGAGGAGGUGGACCUGCUCUACGUGCAGACGCUCAGGAGCAUUCUUCACAUUGAAGACGGCAGCAUCACCGAGGAGAACUUCCACGAGAUGAUUCCUCUGGACUCCUUCGUGGGCCAGAGUGCGGACGGGAAGAUGGUGCCCAUCAUCCCCGGAGGGAACAGCAUCCCGCUGUCCUUCUCCAACAGGAAGGAGUACGUGGAGCGAGCCAUCGAGUACCGGCUGCACGAGAUCGACCGGCAGGUGGCGGCGGUGCGUGAGGGCAUGUCGUGGAUCGUGCCGGUGCCGCUGCUGUCCCUGCUGACGGCGGGGCAGCUGGAGCAGAUGGUGUGCGGCAUGCCGGAGAUCUGCUGCGACGUGCUGAAGAAGGUGGUGCGGUACCGGGAGGUGGAGGAGCAGCAGGCGCUGGUGCAGUGGUUCUGGCAGACGCUGGAGGAGUUCUCCAACGAGGAGCGCGUGCUCUUCAUGCGCUUCGUGUCCGGACGCUCCCGGCUGCCCGCCAACACCGCCGACAUCUCGCAGAGGUUCCAGAUCAUGAAGGUGGACCGGCCAUAUGACAGCCUGCCCACCUCCCAGACUUGCUUCUUCCAGCUGCGGCUGCCUCCGUACUCCAGCCAGCCCGUCAUGGCCGAGCGGCUCCGAUACGCCAUCAACAACUGCCGCUCCAUCGACAUGGACAACUACAUGCUGUCCAGGAACGUGGACAACGCCGAGGGCUCCGACACGGACUACUGACCCUGAACGCACCGCGGGGACGCUUUAUUUUUUAAAGCCCAUGUUACGUACUUUGAAAGCGCUGCGCUCCUCCUGGUGGCUGGUUAGCAGUUUUUAAAAUGAGAAGUGCGUUCAGUGACGAGUUCCUCAUUACUCCACAUCCCAUUUUCAGGGUUUCUGCAUGGAGGUUUGUUUAUUUGUUUUGGAAAUGUGUAUAAAAUAUUCACGCCGCCGGCUCCGGAGGGAGAAAAGAAUAUUGUACAUUGUGUAAAAUGCUUCGUUCGGAAAAUGUUUUGCAUAAUAUCAUAUUUAUUGUUUUCAUUGCCUACGCCGAGUUCCCCAAAGCAUUAAAAACAACAAUAAAUGCUG